GGCUUCUGCACGUUAUGAUUUCGUCUGUGGAAGGGCAAGUUUCUCCCGUUUCCAGUCCCUCGAACCUCGCCUUCGACGAGUCAAAGCAGUGUGGGGCCCGGGACGCCAGACCCUUCCGUCGUCUGCUGCGGUGUACAUACACCUGACUUCGUUUCUGGCGCUCACCUUUGAAUGGUCACUUCCUCACACUUCUCAGGUUUCUCACAGGGUUUCAGUUGUCUCUUCCCAAUCCUUUCCCUGCCUUGCGAGGAGCUGUCGCGCCCACGGUGUAGCUUCACGCUAGCAAACCAAGUGGGGAGUUGAGGAGGCGACAGAAACGUCUCGUUUUCCAGUCCAGCGUUCCUCAAACCGUUUUCCGCCACUCCAAGGCAGGAAGAUCUCAGGAUCUCGUCGCUGUCAUUUGAAUUUACUGCGCAACCAUCCUACGAUGUUUCUCCGUAGAAAUCGAGUUCUAUGUGGUACAGUGUCUGCUGCCGUCGCUCGUUCGGCGCUUGAUCUUUUUUUUUCGCCUGUUUGUUCGUCGCACUUCUUGUAUGUCUGCGUACUGUUCCGUGACGAUCCGUCUCGCGGCCCGUGGAUCCGGAAGCUUCCGAUGCGGGAGACUAACUUCCUCUUGGUUUCUUCCUAACGACUUUGUCUUGGCUGCGUGCCGAGCCAAAAAGACAUUACCGCCUUUCAGAUUUGUUCGUCUUCGCCAAGUUCGUCAACAUCGGGCCCAUUUAGGGCGCAUUUCGGGACCAGGCUGGCGCAUCCCCCGCCGCUGCCAGCUUGUCCGACGUCUCUGGAGUGACUGUUUCGUUCUUUUGUGUCGUCUUCCCGUUGAUUUCACCAUGGAUUCCGCGAGACACUUCCUCGAAUUCUUUUGGGCUCUUGGGAACAGCCAACCAGAGACCCGAGUGGAAGCUGCUGUGGGAAUCGUAGAGUUCCUCGUCGAACGCCAGAAGGCUGGCGCCAUCCGCUCCGGCCUUUCCCUGCCGGCCUCGGAGGCGACUGAGCCUGGCUGCUCACAACCUGACGCUCGCGAAGCAGAGGAGAAGCCUGAGUCCCAGAAGCGGAAGAAGAAGCGGGGAUUCAAAGGGAGGCAAGGAGACCUUGGUCAACCGAUUAAAAACCUGAUUUCUUUUCAUGGGUCCAGCGCAUGCGACGAUCUCCAGUAUGCUGCCAAUCGGCUGCUCGCAGGGCUCACGUCCCCGAGGGCGUGUGUCCGGCAAGGGUAUUCUCUGGCUCUGCUUCUUCUCCUCCUCCAUUUCAAGAAGGAGGUUCCCAGGGAAAAGGUUUUGACUGCGCUUGAGCAGCACACUUCUAUCGCCAAAGCGUUUCCAGCAGACGUCAAGACACUUCUUCUCGGCCGCCUUUUCGGCUACGCUGUCUUACAGAAAACGGGGUAUUUUACAAGUAACGCUUGCCUCACUCAGUGUAACACAACCUUCUCUUCGCUCUGGGAAAUCGUGGAUAAAAAGGUCUACUUGCAGGAAGCGGCUUUCCGGCUCAUGCGUCGAAUUGUUGUAGACUUAUCCUCAUUCUCUCCGUCCAUUGCUCUCCAGUUCGUCCACGCGCGUCUGGGGGUGAUGGCGUCUGUAAGAGUCACCACGGCGCCUUCGUUGCCUGAGGGAGAAGCGUCGCAGAGAGAAGCAAAGCCGCAACUCGGAAAAACCAUCACAGGUCGCUUGCCUUGCAGCUUAGCUGCUUUCCUCCUCGAUCUUCGGUGGGAGGCUUCUCGCUUGGCGUGGCGGAAGAAGGAAAACUUCAAACAUCUGGAGACUCUGUUCAGCGUCGACCUCCUCCAUGAAGAAGAGCGCCCGCGGCUUAUGGCUUUCCUCGCUGAUACAGCGGCCUUCCACCCUCGCCUUCACAGUCUAUGGGACUCAUGCCUGACACUGCUACUUCACUCCAAAAUCGACUUGGAGCCAAAGGAUACAUUUCUCAGGUGGUGCCGGAACGUGGAUAAGACGCUCUUUCCGCCUUCGACGACCUCGCAAGUGGUGAAGGACCAGGCGCCUCAGCGAGAAGGCGAAAAAGCUCGCGUGGAAACGCAGAGCAUGCAAAAGGAAUUCCUGGGCUUCCGCCUCGCCAUCGAGGUCUUGAUUCGCCUCAAGCAUCGCGCAAUGGCACGCGAGGCCGGUGAAGACUGUGUCGACCGCAAGAGCAGAAAGGAUACGGGGAAGAGGCAACUGACCAGCGAAGAGGCUGUGGAAGCCAGCGCCGAGUUCUGGGCUGCUGCCGACGGAUUGCUCCGCGCUCUCGUCCGACAUCUGGAAGGCUCCCGCGGCGACCCCCUGCGCCUGAUGGCAGAUAGGAUUUUGGAUAUUUUGAUCGCCGUCUUAACUGGGAGAAGCGUUUCUGCGCCCCCCUCUCUGUCGUCGGCGUCGGUGGAGGACUCAGAGGCGAGCUCCGUGUCUUCGCGGCUAGCUGUCUCCCCGUUCGCACCCGUGUCAUCUUCUGUGGGGAAGACGCAGGAGCACAAAAUGAAGCGGGUGCACCUCGAUUGCGGGUGUCUCCGCGACCCCACCGAGGAAGGUUUGUUUGCGACUCUACUCUCCGAAGAAAGCGAGGGGGACGCAUGCAGAGGCUGGGUGCAGCAGCAGCUAGCUGAGGUUCUCGAGGAUCCGGACAACCUGAAGGAAAGGCGAAGGCGGAAGGCCAAACAGGAAGCGAGAACGUGCCACGCUCCCAGUGCAGCUCUCGGUGCCAGGCUCGAGGUUCUGCGUCAGCCUCUAUCUCUUCCACUUUCCUCGCGUUUUGAGAUUUUGCGUUCUUGGGGCGAAGCCGUUCGUUUCCGUCCGCUGAAGAAAGGCGUUAUGAAGAAACUUUGCCUGCUGGUGUUUGGCGGCGGUUUGACCGCGGAGGCACUGCGCCCAGAAGUCAUUUUGUCUCAGAUUUUCGAGAGCUUCGAAUCGGAGAAAAGCAGCCUUGCAGCUCGCCACGGCUCCGCCGAGGCUUCUCCGGACAUGGCAGGGUCGAGUUGGCGGCGUUUGUUGUGGCUAAUCGACUUUCUCCUGUUGCUCCCACAGCAGUUUUCUUCUUCCGGAUCGGAUUUGGCGUGCGGUCUCCCGUUGUUUGCUUCGCUGCUUCUCUCACUCCUCCUUUCGUCGUCUUUCCAGGUUUCUUCUCGCUCUCCCCUCUCGUCGGUCCUGUUCGCUUCGCCCUCCCGGCUGCUGUCGGCUGCCAAGAGUUCGCUUUCUUCUCGCUCAGACGCCAUGUCUCAGGGCCUCAAAGGGGUGUCUCUCACGCAGUUUUUCGCGUUUCUUUUCUCUUCCGCGCGGUCGCCUUGGCCUCGAGUCCUGCCCAAACUCAUGUCCCUACAGUCUUUCCUUCUCGCGCGCCUUGUUGACUUGUUAAUCAAGUCUCAGAGCUUUUCUGGAACCGAGGCCAGCCCCCAGUCCACUUCAACAACUGCCCCUUCUACCUCAGCGGCGGCUGUGGCCUCGCGCUUCGUCGAGGCUUUGCACGCUGCGCAUGCUGUUUGUUUUUCUCUCGCGAUGGCGACUGAGACAGAAAACGAGAAGUCCAGUGUGGAGGUCGUUGUGACGGCCGACGGGGCAGCAGCGCGGAGAUGCCACGGGAAGAAGGAAGCGCCUGCAGAGACGGCGGGAGUCCAUUUGGAGCUGUCUCGCGGGUCACUGCUCGUAGCGGGCUUGGCCGUUGCGAGCGAGAUGUCCGAGGAGACGGAGGAUCUGUCGGACUCGACUCGAGAGCAUGGCGUCAAGUCGAAGGCGCUGGCGAGAACGCGAGAGAAAGGAGAGAAUCCGACGAACAGCAAGAAAGGAGACGCGCUCCUCAGCCUCUGCUUCGAGGCCUCGACGCAUGCGAGAAACCUCGAUGUUGCCUUGCGGGCGUCAGAGACUUUGGAGAUCACCUCCCCGGAGGCGAGGGCUGUGAAAAAAGGCUUGGAGACCGCGUGUCGCGCCGUCGCCACCAGCGUCGCGACUCUGGCGAUGUACCCUUAUUUGGCUUUUGCGAGCAAGAAGCGGCGCGACGAGGCAGAACGCAAGCGCAAGGAGACGAGUGAGGCGGCUGAGGCUGGCGAGGUGGGCGAAGGGAGUCCACCGAAGCGAUUGCGCCUGUCGUCCGCGGACGGAGCCAGCGACGGCGACGUCUCCGACUCCUCACUGUUGGGCUCCGACUCCUCACUGUUGGGCUCCGACGACGAAACGGAGACACUGAGGGGAGACCGUCCCCUCGACGGGCCGCUCUUUGGUUCGCAGGCGGCCGAGUGGGGUGACAGCGCGGGAGUGCAGGAAGAGGAGGAGCGCGAGGAACUGUCGGAUUUCGCCAGUCUCCUUCAGGAUCUCUCAGCUCAGGCUGAGGCCCUCGCUGCGCUUCUGACAUCGACGAAAAGUCAGGCGCGGGAGGAAUCAGGAUGUGGGGGCGCCUCUGCGAAGCUCGCAAUCACUCUAUCGGAGACCGCGAAGAGCGCCAGCCAGCUGAUCUUCCUCGAAGGAAACAGUGCAAGCGUCGGCUUUUUGCGCGCCACUGGACGCUCGCUCUGGAAAGCGCUCUGCCCCUUCUCAAGGGAGACAGAGCUCGAGGCUCUCCUGGACAUCGUGUUGGAGCGCAAGGGCGAGGCGGAGGGAGAAAACCAAGAAACGGAAAAUGCAGUGGCCCGUCAAGACAAAAGUGAAGACUACGAGGAAAAAGAGGAAGAGGAGGAAAAAACAGAAGAGGAAGAAGAUGAAGAAGAGGAAGAGGACGAAGACGAGGAAGAAGAAGAAGACGAGGAAGAAGAGGAGGGAAACACAAAAGGAGGUGGUGAUAGAGUGGGGAACAGUAGGGAGAAAUCGGGGAGACGCGGCGAUUCAGAAGAUAGUGAAGAGGGGGAGAGCGAUGGGGAAAGUGGAGAGAGGCCGAAGGAAGGAGACAGCGACUCUCACGACGAUGACAAUUUCUCGAUUGAACUCGACGCCGACGCAACCUACCGAGCGUUGCUCGAUGAAGACGGAGAUGCGCUUCCAGGAGCCUAUGCACCUCCGCAUGCCGCGCUUCGUCGGCAGGCGCAGUCGGAGCGGAAGCAGCUCGAGCGGGAGCGUCUGGGGCACCUUCAGUUGCGCUUGCGAGCUCUGGAUCUUUUGCAGGUUUACCUGGAAAUGAAUCCGCGUUCGUCUGACGCGUUAGCCGUGUUGUCUGCACUCUUUGGUGGCUUCGACCGGAUCGCUUUGAGGAGCUUUUUGCGGCGACAAAAGAAAGCCGCAGGGAAGGCGACACCGACAGGCGGGCUUCACCAGCACAUCGCAGACAAGAUACAGAAAGUCGUUCUCGAUGCAUGCACCGCCUCAGGCAGUCGCCACCGGAAGCGUCCUCUCGCGAGCAUCUCGUCUGAGUGCGAGAGUGUCGUCGCUUCUCGGAGAAUGGAGCUGCUUCUCGAGAGCGAGAGGCGUCCGAUUUCGCUGGCUGCUGCGCUCCUUCCCUGGCGAGAAGAGUCCUGGGCAGAGGGGGUCAAAACCGAGGCCGACGCCAGAGCCGCGAAACAAGCGCUCGUCCCGCUGCAUGCAGUCCCGCCGCUCGUGCUGGGCGCCGGGUGGCGCAAGCCGGGGCGGGGGUUCGAGAGCCUCGCGAACAGCGUCACCUGCAAGGUGCAGGCGAGUUUUGGGUCUGUCGACGGCGUCGACGCAUUGUCUGACAAGCCGAAAGAGAGAGGCAAGAACUCGGGAGGUUCACGCGUAGCUGCGCAUGCAGAGAAGGGUCUUCGGAGGGCAUGGGAAGCCGCUGAGACGUGCCUAGGCCUUCGCGCGUUGGAGAUUCUGGAAACGUGCAUUGCAAGCCGUCACUUGCCCCAAGCGCAAGCUGCAGCGAGCUGCCAGUUCGUGGGUUUGAGUCUGCUGGUUCACCUGUUUAAAGUUGAACAGCAGACUGCUGAUUUCUUUUCGCAGCUUCUCACGGGAGAGCCGCGCGUGUCUGAAAGCUGGGGUGGCAGCGUCGCCUCCCAGGUGCUCAACUUGGCCCUCACCGACUGGCUGACGAAACACAGUAGUCGCCAGCAGCAACUGGACUCGGCCUUCUUCCGCUUUUUUGCGGAACGGCGCCCAGAACUCAUGCGCUUCAUUGACUUUUUCGGCGCAGCACGCCAGCGAGCCAGAGGUGCCUUUGUUCGACGCGAAUGUGUAGCAAUCGGCGCCGCCGUCGCUCGGCAUCCGACCUUUCUGUCGGGGCGAACGGAGGAGCACAGAAGCCAGAAGCCGACCCAUCGCGGAGACCUGGAGCCAGACUGUGGUGGAAAGCACUCGCGGUCAGAAACGCAGGAGACGACUGUCAAGAGAACAAAGUCGCCAGGUCUGCUGCCCCUGGUUUCGCUGGACUGGGAGGCGUGGACCCGGCGUGGAAAACGCAGCAGAGACAAGCGACGCCGUCGGACGCGAGAAACUGAAGAAGAUGUGGAAGAGAGUGCAGAGGCGGUUGCAGUGUCUCCGCCUUUGCCUGUGAGGGACGAGGUAAACGGAAGAACCUUCUUGGGGCUUUUAGAUCAACUCGCGAGCUUGGCAGACGAAGCCGCUGUCGAAGGAAGUCGAGGAACGUUUUCGUCGGCUAGCCAGAUGAAGGCAAGUCACAAAGAAAUGCUUUUGGCACUGAAGACACUGCUGCAAGCCGCGGUCGCGCAGGUGAAACGCGAGCGGCUGCGAGCAGAGUGUUCCGGGCAAAACGUCGUCGAGGAAACGAACAUUUCGAGUUCAAGAAACGCCGAAGAAACCCGAGGCGAACGCGAGCUACAAGAGGCCUGGACAGAGAUCGGCGAGAAAGUAGAAGCCGCUGCAGCGAAACUCAAGGGACAAACCGGCCGCCAUCAAGGCCUCCACGACAGCGUCGUGCGUUUGGUGGGGACGCUCCAAGGACGGGAGGAAAACGUGACGGGGCAGACCGAGGCGGAGAAAAAGUUCAAAAAGGAAGAAAAACGGAAACGCCGUGAAGAGCGCAGAAACUCGAAAGGGAAGCGGACGGUGAAAAAGGAAGCUGGUGGCGACGCGAGACCCGCGCCAGCCCCAAAGAGUGAAAAGGAAACCCAAGUGAAAUCGGAGACUGGCGAUGAGGCAAACGACGCGCAUGCUCAGUCCAAGAAAAAGAAGCUCAAGUCCACGUGAGUUGAUUUGGAAUGGAAGAUCUCGCUGUCGUCAAUAUUGCGACUGGAGACAUUUCUGGGUGGAACGAAAAUGCCGCACCGUGCAUGUUCUCAGUGGUAGAACGGGCCAGCAGUUUGCCUGCGAAUCUCGGAAACCAAAGGUGUUAAAACAGUUGUAGACUGUAUGUCGAGUCAUGAAUCGUUGACGAAUUAACACUCAGACAUUCAAAGCUCGACACUGUAUUUCAAGGAACACACGUGUAAACGGAUGUGACAUAACAGAACAAAAAUCUGUCACGCUGCAUAACACAGAGAACUCGAACACCAAUUGAUCUUCGGUGCCCUUGCACUGAACCUCCGAGUGCCGACAUGCACGCGUUGCGUCCGGGCGCUUCCCUGAGAGUCCUCCACUUAACCCGUCAGUAGCGGCAGGAUUUAGAACCAUUAUCUAGGACUUAGUGAAGGGCAUAUUGUCCAAUCCCGAUUGCUGCUGAAUCUGUUUCAUGUGAGUCUCGCUCACGGCGUUAUCAAUCACUCUGGUCACGAGAAAAUACCGGGCGCGGCACAGAAGCGCCAUCCCCUAGAGCCUGUGGUGGCAGGGGCGCCAAAGGACCAGCGCCUCUCAGUUGAGUGUCCUGAUCCAGACGAGGUCGACGGGCGAUCUGAACUCGUGGACGUGGAUUCAAAGCGACGGGGUGGGAGGCAAGGCGCGGGCAAAGCUAGGGAAUGCACAUGGUUCAGUCGAGUUCUUCGCUUCUAGCUCUAAGUUAAGGACGAGCGUCCAAACCAAGAGCAGCAAGCCAAGUAGCCAUGCUCCUCCAACAGUACAGAGACUCCGAGAACCACGGGCCAAAACUCAAAACGCUGGUGUGUCCAUCCAAUUCAACAGACGUGCAGAAUGCAAUUGCAAACUAGACAAGAAGGGCGCAUUUGCACACCUGUUGGAAUCUUCAUGCUGGUUGCGAGGGUCCACACAAAUGGAGCUCGCUGUUUCAUCCGUUCUUGCUGCACGAAUAAAAACAGUGACGUUGGAAAAAAGACUGGCCUCAGUGCUUCGAGGUACGCGAGAUAUACCGGUGAUGAAGAUGUCUUUCAUUGAAUUCGACGCAGAGAGAGAGAGAGCCUGCAUGUUCCGUAAAACAUCUCAAGAGGGAUGCAACUUUUUCUCUUCGAAUAAAUGCAAGCGACACUUGAGAAACGGCACCUUUCAUUCUCCACACCGUGUCGUGCUCAUAGUUGUUGUACUGUCGAAUGACUCUUUGCACAGAAACUUCUCGGCACUCCGGGUGAGGGAAACAAGAACAAGAAAGGCGUUCCGUGCAUUAAAAAUUUGCCUCUGGGUGGCGGCGGGGUCGGGCUUGAUACUACCGCCGUAUGUACAUAGUAGACAGUCCCAGCAAUACCAGUUGAGCUGUAGAAGGCUCGCCUUUUAUCCGCAUAUUCCAGGCGUCAAAAGACAGAAAAAGUGGAUGGGAGUUCUGGUCGCUCUGGACCUGCUGAGUAAAAAGCGGAGUCGUACCGCGUGCCUAUCUCAUCUUCUGUCACACUUCCGAAAAACAAGAAAGUGAAGUCCACGUGAGAGGCGAAAAAAAUAUCAAUACACCUUCGUGCAGGCACGUCUCCCCAUGCAAACCUCGAAAAGCCAGAAGAUAGCACGCGAAAAAACCCACAUUAUCCCGUAUCUACACCGCCAGGUGAUAUUAAGUCUAAAGCAU